CAUUGGCUUGCAAUCCUACCCAAUUUUUGGGUUCCCUUCCUCAAACUACUCGAACACCAAAAACACUACUCACUCUGUUGUGCCUUUUUGGUAGUUAAUUCAAGUGUCCUCUCUGAACCCAUUCGAAGUGAAGGUGUUCAAGCGAGUUUACUCCAAAAGAAAACAAAUUUGGCCUAUAUACAAGAUCCUUGAGUUUGUCAAAUAUCAGUCCAAGUGCGACCAAUGAACAAAACAGAUCUGUAAAGUGGAAAAUGUGCUCCACCGGGAUCAUCUAUGAUGUGUCCAUGUCGAACUAUCAUUGCUUGUGGGAUCCGGAUUACACGGAGAAACCCGCUCGAUUCACCAGAGUUCUAGAGCGGUGCCAAUCAUUGGGCUUGAUUCAACGGUGCGUGGAUUUAAAACCGAGAAAAGCGACGAAUGCCGAACUCCAAUUGGGUCACAGUCAGAAUUUGAUAGACAUCUUGAAAUCCACCUCAAACGAGACCAACGUAGAGAAAUUGAAAGAACUGUCCACGAGGUACGAUUGCGUUUAUUUCCAUCCAAAUAUUUACGAAUUGGCAUGUCUGGCGGCAGGCUGUGCCAUUGAGCUCACGGAUCAAGUCAUUUCUGGCCGAUUGAGGAAUGGAUUCGGCAUCCUCCGACCCCCAGGUCAUCAUGCCAUGUUUGAUGAUUUUUGUGGCUAUUGUUACUUCAACAAUGUGGUUCUAGCCGCCCGACAUUCUUUGAAUAGUGGAGUGAAGAGGAUCCUCAUAGUGGAUUGGGACGUUCAUCACGGCCAAGGGACUCAAAGGGCUUUUUACGAUGACCCCAGGGUCGUCUAUUUCUCAAUCCACAGAUUUGAAUAUGGGACAUUUUGGCCCGAGUUGCCCGAAUCUGAUUUUGAUCACAUUGGAGAAGGACCAGGGACCGGCUUCAAUGUCAAUGUGCCCUUGAAUAGGGACAAGAACACUGACACAGAUUACAUGUCCGUAGUUCUGGAAGUCCUCCUUCCUUUGGCUAUGGAGUUCGAGCCCGAAUUGGUUUUGGUUUCAGCCGGAUUUGACCCGGCCUUUGGAUGCCCGGAAGGCGAACAAAACGUCUCACCAGCUGCAUUUGCUCACAUGAUGCAUUUGUGCAAUUCUUUCGCCGGCGGGAAAUCCGUGGCCUUUAUGGAAGGAGGUUAUUUUAUGACUUCACAUGCUGAGGGAGCAGCUUUGACCUUGAAAACCCUCUUGGGCGAUCCUUGUCCCAAAUUGCCUGAGGAUUUCACGACCCCGUGCCCAGAAAUCAGGGAUGCUAUUUUGAAUAUCAAAACCACUCUCAGGCCAUUUUGGAAGUGCUUCCAGAAAGAAGACUAUGACGUUAAAUACGUGGCGAGGACCAUUUGGAAAGGAAGGACAGAACCUGUUCCAACUGUGUUUGAUCCUAUGUGCCCAACUCCUCCUCGGCCCAAAGAGUUUGAACAAGUGUUCGAGGACCAAUUGGAACAAUGGAUCAGUUCAACAGAACUCCGAAAAAGUAAAAUCAAGCUUGGAUUCAGCUCGUUUGAUGGAAGGUUCGUGGACCAUAUGUGGUCAUUGGCACAUGCGAUGAGUGUGUUUAAAAAUGGGCAAAUUAAUGAGAUUUUGAAGGCGAUCAAGGACGACGAGAUUCAAUCCGGAUUGGCCGUACUACCCCUAGGGACAUUUGAAAAUUUGAAUCCCCUUGCUUGCCAAGAUUUUAAGCGGGUCAUAUCAAUAAAUAUUAACGACCACUUUAGCCACGUGGAAGAUUAUAGCUUGAAAAGUGACGCCCUGGUGUUUUCAUUCCAACCAACGAACCAAAAGCCAAGCUACGAAUACACAAAAUCGACCCUCAAAUUCCAAUUUCAUUCAAUCGGUGAUGACAAAAUCGACGCCCAUCUUUUCCAUGCCCUUUAUCGCCUUAUCUUGCCUUUAAGUUAUGAGUUUGGCCCGGAUUUGGUGGUGAUUCGUAUCGUUCAGGAGAAUCAUUGGCUCACUCCCAAGUGUCAUGGCAUGCUGGCCUAUCUUAUGUCCAUUUUGGCCCAAGGGAGGAUUCUCGUACUUUUACAAGGACAACCCGAAAUCAAAACCCUGGAAUACACAGCUGAAUCUUUGAUUGACUGGCAGCCUCCUAAGCAGUCAAUAAAUGCUGUUUCAGAGAAUGCAUCCAACUAUGAGGUUGUUGAGAGCGCCCGUCAAGAGGCAUGCUCUCAAUGGAAAUGUAUCAAUUGGCACUAAUAACACUGGCUAGAAAUGCUUCA